AUGGACUGGGUCGAGAUGGUCAGCGAGAACGAGUUUACGGUCGUUGGAAGAUUCGACCAGAAGAUCAAGAUCAACGGUGUCUAUGUCGACCUCAACGGCCUCAGUGAGCUUGUCCACAAGUACCUGCAACAAGCCAUCGUCGAUUGCUACUUCAUCCACACCUCCGAGAGGAAGAUCAUCUUGCUCUACAUCCUCCAGGAAGGAUCCAAUCCCGACUUGAUCUCGGCCGAUAUCAUUCGAGUCGUCGAGGACAUGUUCUUGCUGUUGAACGUCUCCAAGGUCCCUGUCCACAACUGCCUCAGGCUCGACGCAUUCCCCUUCAACGACUCGGGCAAGGUCGAUCUCAAGAAGCUCAAGCGCAUCGCCGAGAACAUCGAGCAGUACGGCCAGGCGGUCGAUUACCCGCCCCUCAUCGUCACCAGAACGUUCUUGACCAAGAUUGCCUUCAAGAUCUCCGAGUUCAGCAGCCAGAUCCUAGACAACCCCGGUCUCUACGGCCGCAACUUUUACAUUGGCGGCGUCGGCUAUGACUCGUUGAGCAUCAGUCGCCUGGCCCUCGCCAUCAGGGAGGAGUACGGUGUCGAGAUCUCGCCAAUGAUCCUGCUGUCGAACAGCAUGAGUCCCAAGGAUGUCGCCCAGCUGGUCGUCGACAUUCUCGACGACAAGCUGGUGAUUCCGCCGACAAUCGAUCUGGCUGCCGAGGCUGCCAAACUCGACGAUGCGAGUGUGACGGCCGAGGGUUUCCCUCCGUUUGUCUAUCCCAAGGAGGUCCGCGGCAUCGUCCUGACGGGUGCAACCAGCUUCCUCGGAGCAUUCCUGAUCUUUGAGCUGGCACACAAGUUCCCUCGGGCCAAGAUCUACUGUCUGGCACGAACCGAGACCGAGAAACUGGCCUUCCUCCGCACCUACUCCAACGCCUCGAGGCUGGUGAUUGCAUCGCGGAACAAGAACGAUCCGUGGUAUGACGUGCGAGACCGGUGGGUUGGUCUGCGCGGCGACGUUUCCAAGGAGCGAUGGGCACUCUCGGACGAGCGAUGGAAGGAGAUUUGCGAAGAGACCGACAUGAUUGUGCACAACGCCGCCGAGGUGCACUGGCUCUACAACUAUAACACGCUCAAGGCAACAAACGUCCUCAGCACGGUGACGGUGCUGCAGCUGGCCACGACGCACCAUCUCAAGGUGGUGCACUACAUCUCGACCAUCGGGACGAUUGCCAUGGCCAAGGGCUCCGACAAGCCGCUCGAGGAGAAAAUGUACUCCAACUGGAACCUGUCGGGCGGCUACUCGCAGACCAAGUGGGUCUCUGAGCAGCUGAUCAACAAGGCACGAUCGAGGGGCGUGCCUGCAACCAUCAUUCGGCCAGCGAUGAUUGCUGGCGACAGCGGAUACGGAGGUGAGCCGUGGUGGUGUGGUGAUGUGUGA